AUGGCUUUGAAAAACAGCAUAUUGGUCCUCUUGGUGGAAAUGACUCUUUGUGGCACUUGUGUUGGUGCUGGUGAUGGUGCUGGUGUUGUUCAUAUAUACUUCAUAGAGUCGGUGGCUCUAAAGUUUUAUGAUUCCGGCUCCGAUACAAUUAAGCUUACAAGGCCUGGCCACUAUUACUUUCUCUGUGGUGCACUUGGUCAUUGUGGUCACGGACAGAAGGUUGGGGUUAUGGUUAGCCUUCCCAUACCUGACAGUUCUGCCUCCUCUCCCAGCCCGGCACCAUCUGGAUUGUCUUCUCCUUCAUCACCUGCCGGUCCGAUCUCCUCUCCGAGCCCAGCACCAUCUGGAAUGUCUUCUCCCUCAACUCCUCAUCCUCCUGAAGAGAGGCCACCACACUCGGCGGCUCUGACCAUUAAUGCUCCAAAGCUUGCCUUGACUUUAGGUUUUGUGCUUGUGUUUUAUAAAUUGAUGUUUUAA